AUGGCAGAGGAUUCAAAGAAAAGCAGAGUUUCUAUGGCACUUGGGAAGAGUAAAUCAGUGUUAGGUGAAAAGAGUCAUUCAGGUCAGAUUGGUGAUAAAACUUCAAGUGCUUUCACUAAAUUCACUAGUAGAGUACGUGUUCGAAAAUCUUCAUUCGGUUAUGGUGGUAUACCUGGCAUCGGAAGAGUAGCCGAGAGGUCAUCUAUGUUGGCACCCGAAUUCAAGCGGCCACCAUUAAUUUACUUAAAUACGUACCAACUGGAUCCUCUCAAACGAUUCCACCCCCCAUCAGUGAUAAAGGCUGCAGGAGAACUCUUGGAUGAACUAUUCACCGAUCAUAAAUAUCACCCCCAGGAAUCUCCUACAGUUGCUUUGCGUAUAGCGGGCGAACUAAUGAAGGCGGUCAAAGCGAUGGCUUUCAACCGUUACCGUAUUAUAUCAGUUGUCACAAUAGCACAAAAAAGAGCUCAGAGCUACAAUAAUGCAAUAUCCUUCUUAUGGGACCAUGAAAGGGAUGGCAGUAUAAAUGUAAACAGAGAUACAUCGACUGCUUUCAUUCAGCAUAAUUCAGAAAGCAAAAGCUUCUUUCGAAAUCGUUUGGUCUUAUUGCGUUGGCAUUCAAUAGAGAAAAUAAAAUAUACAGAUAAAAACUAG